AGCUAGGUACCCAUAUGUAACUGAAGAAAUGAAUGACCACAUUGGUUUGUUCAGCAACACAUUUGCUAUUUUGCAGUGUCUUGAUAUUUAAAAUUUCGACUUCGUACUUCGUAGUUGUCUAGAUAUUUCACCAUCGUAAUGUUGUACAAACUCACGUACCCUUUACCUAACUUGAAUACAAGAACCGGUUUCUGAUCCUUUGUUUGAGUCAUCGUUAUUUCAACGCAAUUGUGGUAGAAGGGAGAUGUGUUUCUUUUGUUCCGGUUGAAUGCUAGCGGAAGUCGUCUUCGAUCGAUAAGAAUGUUGUUUUUCAGUCUGUUGAUGAAGCGUUUCUAAGGAAGACCUGUCUCGUGGUACAUUUUAACACGUGUUUGCGUUUAUUUGAAUCUUAUGUGAGCUUACUAAUUUAGUGGUUCGCUUUCAAAUUGUGUGUUUACUUUCAUCAUUGUGCGUUUUUUUGGAAGACUUGACUUACGAUUUAUUCGACUUCGAGAUUUAUACUGUUCAUGAUUACUCAAGAUGUCCUCUAAACAACCACACGAAGAAAACCGCAUUGUCGAUGGCAGCAACGAUCCUUAUGUUUAUUUUCACACUGUACCAAAUCUAAAAGAAUUAGCAUCACAUGAAGUAGCUAGAGGAAUAUGGUGCAGUGUUUUGGAGAAGUUCCAUCUUUACAAUGAGCAAUAUAGUUCUCAUCAAGACCGUUGUGUACAGCUGAUGAAGGAUUUGAAUAUUCCUGGGUGUAUUAAAAAUACACUCCAAAAUGACCUACAGGAAGUUGACCGAAGUAUGAAACAAUGGGCAGAUCAUUUUUUAUUCUACAUGAAAUUUCCCAAGACAUUUUCCAAAUAUCAUUAUGAUAUUCCUAACAUCGAUCCAAACUGGUUGGUUUGGUCGACGAAUGGUGAAAUCGACUGUCUGAAAACCGCCAAAAACAUGCUACAAGCCGACUGUUUGACAAAUGUGCAGAAAUUUAUCAUUAUGAGCGCCUAUUGCAUGGAGGACGAAAUGAAAAAUUUUUCGUUGGAUUCGCUUCCGGCAAAAUUUUAUGCAAAUGUGAGACAUUCCAACGGCUGGGUGUUUUUCUAUUGGAUUUGUUACCUUAGAAAUGAAUCGGGUGAAGAGCUAGGAUAUCGCGCCAUGGCAGAGAAUUUCAAUAUUCGUGAUCGGUUCAUCAACGAAUACUUUUGGAGUCUUUUGAAUGCCGAUGAUCAGGUAGCAGUUGCUACACAUUUAUUGAUUUGUGUAUCUUACCAAAGCAAAGAGAAACAGAAAUAUGGCCGAUAUUACGCCACUUGCACUCGCGUACUUUUUGGCCGAAUAAUUGCUAAAAUGACUUGCAAUCAGCGACAACGUUUGCUUGCGGCUAAUAUGGGAAUAUAUUUUUCCCUCGUGUGUUCCAAUUCUCCAGGACAUGUACUUCGCAUUUGGAGACGUUCUAAAAAUGACGUUACAGAGAAAAAUUUUUCCAUAAUUAUCGGCGAACUAUUGUUUCGUAGUAAACAUAAUCCUGUAUUGAUAUCUUCAUUGACUGAGAUUUGGGAUACUGCUUCUGAUUCCCAAAGAAAUUAUCUGAUUCGCCGCCGAUCCCGGGUGUGUUCAUACAUUGACUUUUGUCUUCGCAACCCCAACCUUCUAAAAUUUGUGAACAAAUUACUCGAUCAUUUCUCUUCAAAUGAGAGAAAAGGACUGAUUUUCAAGGUAGCUGAAAGCCCCCGUUUUCACGAAUGUAGUCCCGAAUCGUUCAACUAUUUAGUGAACUCAUUUUUGCCCAACUUCGAGGACCAAUUGGCGCUGAAAGAAUUUGUAAUGCAGUCUCACCAUUUCAAAAAAUAUUUAUAUAGUUUGUUAAUCCGAGAUCAAGAUUUCGAAAAAUUCAUUGAAAAAGUAAAAUUUUAUUGUUCUUAUGAUGCAAGCGCUGUCCAAGUACUCAAAAAAAAGUUCCUGAAAGAAAUAUCUAGGCUUAUACCACACUGUAGUGACGUUGGUCUCGGUCUGAUUACCAACUUCAAUAAAUGGAAAAAAUUCAGCGAAUUCAUCGACGAAACUUUUGAAAACAAUCUUACCUCAAGACUGGUAGUGAAGCAAGAGUUCGUAAAAAAGUUGAUAACCUCCUUCGAAAACUCUAAAAAUUUUCGACCCCUUUCUCAUGUUCAACUCGUUGAUUUUGUGAAAGUUGUGGAUGAAUCGGUGUUUGCAGACCGAGAGUUGAAAAAUGUGAAACCUUCAGUCGGCUCCUUAUGUUUUGUCACGGUUAUGAUCGUACAAAUCCGUAUUAUGAAAUAUCUCAAUCAAAAGUGUGCCAAGUGGUGUUCGAAGGACGAUAACAUCGAGAACACUUUGCGUAAUUGGAGACGGCUGCGGCGAUUGUAUACAAGAGCAUGAUGUCUAUUACUUAUAGAAAAUAUUUAAAAGAACUCAAAAGGUGGUCAAGGAAUAUAAAAAUAAUCAGCAUUUAUGGUAUUUCUCUAUUUCUGGUACCUAUUCUUUUUUUUAAUUUUCAAUUUUUUGAAAUCGAUGAAGUUAUUUUUGCUUGUGAAUAUGACUCAAGGCUAAUACGAGUAAUUUAAGACGUUAAUUUUUGCUACAGUAUACCUAUAAUUCAUUACGUUUAUAAAAACAUUGUCAAUAGUUUUAAUUCCAAUUUACCUUUCGAUGUAAGUAUUUGUUCAAUUGCACUAGGCAACAAUUUUUGACCUUUUUUUUGUUUUCGGGUUGAAAAUGGGCUUAAUCGAUAGUUUAGACCCUAAAACAAAAAACAGAGUUUUUGUAGUCAGGAGAGAUGAUCAAAGUUGCAAAAAUGCCCGUUUUUACCCUAUUUCACGAGUUUGUGGCGACAUAAGUAUUAGGUUUCAAAAAAAAACAAGGUCAUAUUCGGAUUCUACGCACUUUUUUAAGUAAACAUCUUUACCGGAUUUUUGAUUUUCGAAGUUUCAAGCGCAUACGGGAGAUUUUUGUUUGUAACAUAUUUUAAAACUCGGAGCGCGCGACGCUGGCGUUACUCCACGAUGUAAUCGUGGCGCGGAACCGUGUUCGCGCGGGCGAGGCUCUCGUGCAGUAAAAAUCUCGUGUUACAAACGAAAAUCUUCCGUAUGCGCUUAAAUGUUCGAAAAUCAAAAAUCCGGUAAAGAUGUUUACUUAAAAAAGUACGUAGAAUCCGAAUAUGACCUUAGUUUUUUUUGAAACAUAAUACUGAUGUCGCCACAAACUCGUGAAAUAGGGCAAAAACGGCCAUUUUUGCAACUUUGAUCACCUCUCCUGUCUACAAAAACAACUCAAAUUGAAAAACCCCACUCUGUUUUUUGUUUUAGGGUCUAAACUAUCGAUUAAGCCCAUUUUCAACCUGAAAACAAAUAUGCCGUUGCCUAGUGUUGUUAGAUAUUACUUGAAAGAAAAUUAAAUAAUUUUUUUACGCUUCAAAACGUUUUUUUUUUUCUGA